UGUAGAAAAUUAGUAAAGGUUGGAGGCAAGGCACUGAGGAGAGUUGUUCAGUUCUGGAAGAAUGGAUUUUGUACAGCAAUGUUUAUUUCAACUGAGAAACUGAAGGGAGGGGUGGAAGGGUUAAAGCAUUUUUCCCUGUUAAUACUAAUGAUUAACUGAAAAGGUGUAUAGUCCUGCUUCAUGGUGGUUUUGUGUUCUUUUUUCCUUACAGGUAAAAGUUUCUUUUGACGUGGACAACAUUCAGAUCAAAUACGUUGAUGAGGAUAAUGAUGAGAGGAAUAUGAAGAAGCUCUGAAGAUUGCUGUUAAGCAAGGAAAUCAACUUCAGAUGAAUGUGUAUGAAGAAAAGUCUUCUCCGAAAGAAACUUCCUACUCUUGUUCUUUGCAACUACAUGAAAAGAACCUGAUGGAAAAGUUGGCACUUCUUAAAGAUGAGAAGAAACCUCUUUUGCACUAUUCCACUCUAGCUCAAGGGUUAGAGGAAGGCUUAAAAAAUGAAAAGGAGCUGACAGUUCAGCAAAAUUUAAAUCACGCUAGAACAGGAAGAACAAAUGAAAAUCCUCCAGAAUGGUUUACUAGCUACUUGGAAACAUUCAGGGAACAAGUAGUUAAGGAAACUGUUGAGAAACUGGAACAGAAGCUGUAUGAGAAGCUUGUUCAUCACCAUCAGCCUCCAGAUGUUUCUGAAAGCUCUGUCACAGCAGCUUCUGCAACUUCAGAGAUCCAGCUGGGGAACAGCAAUCUGUGUGACUGGCUGAUCUGCUGCUGCAACUGCCAGGCCCGAAUUGUUGGAGUUCGCUACCAGUGCAGCCUUUGUCCAGCCUACAAUAUCUGUGAACAGUGUGAAGCAGGAACAUAUGCGCACGAUCCCAACCACGUCUUGUUGAAGCUGCGAAGGCCUGUGCUGUGCCCUGCUGACAGUUACAGCCUUGCAGAAUGCUCACCUCGCCUGCCUGCUACUCUGGAGCAAGUUAGGCUCCAGAAACAGAUGGACAAAAGAUUUCUGAAGGCAGAAAAGCAAAGAUUACGAGCAGAGAAGAAACAGCGAAAGGCAGAGGUCCGAGAGCUCAAAAAGCAGCUAAAAUUGCACAGGAAAAUUCAUCUGUGGAACUCUGUCCAUGUAUUGGAAACUAGUGGCUCACCUACUCAGAAAUCUGAGACUCUCCAACCUAACACCUUCACCCCCAGGAGUCCUAGUCAACCCUUCCAAGCAGUUGUCCCAACACUAAGUGCAGUGUUUGUGGAUGAGAAUUUGCCAGAUGGGACUCACUUGCAACCAGGAACAAAGUUUAUCAAACACUGGCGAAUGAAAAAUACUGGCAAUGUGGAAUGGAGCUCAGACACAAAGCUGAAACUCAUGUGGGGAAAUCUGACCUUGGCAUCUGCUGAAAAAAAAGAUGUGUUGGUGCCAUCCCUUCCAUCAGGACAAGUAGGAACUGUUUCAGUUGAGUUUGUAGCUCCUAAUGUAGAAGGAACUUAUACCUCUCACUGGAGACUGUCACACAAAGGGGAACAGUUUGGGCCCAGAAUCUGGUGCAGUAUUGUUGUGGAUCCCUCCCCAGCUCCUGACUAUCUAGAAAGCAGUUGGAAGGAUUCUGACUUCUGUCAGAAGGAUAAAGCUUCCAGCACCAAACAGGAUGCUUCCUUAAAAACAGAAGCAGGUGCUCAGCUGAUGGGUGAAAUCAUGGAGCAGACUGAAAUACCUCUGCCAGCUAUUCCUUUAAAGAUCAAAAAUCUGCCAAGUGAGAGAGAAUUUUACAUACCAUCUGUUGAUCUGCUCACUGCACAGGACUUGCUGUCCUUUGAACUGUUGGACAUUAAUAUUGUGCAGGAAUUGGAGCGAGUGCCACACAACACUCCUGUUGACAUGACUCCGUGCAUGUCCCCUUUGCCACAUGAUAGCCCGUUGCUGGAGAAACCUGGCUUAGGUCAGAUAGAGGAGGAGAAUGAGGGGAGUGGAUUUAAACCAGUGCCUGGAAUGACAGAAGCCUGCUUUCCUGCAGAUACUUGCACAAUGAAAGUUAAAGCUGAACAUCCAUUGAACCAGGAGGAAGGGGAAGAAGAUAUGAGCGGGACUCAGUUUGUCUGUGAAACUGUAAUUCGCUCCCUAACCCUGGAUGCUGCACCUGACCAUAAGCCCCCACAAAAAAAGAAAAUCCUCAAGAACUCUUUGCAAACAUUGCAAGACACCUUCAGUUGCAAUAUGAUAAAUGAAGGAUCUCAUAGAAUUAAAACUAAUUGCACUUCCAAAAAUGAAGCAAAGAUUCAUCAGUCAGAGGCAAUGACAGAAAAUAACUUUGGGCACCUUCCACUGUCUGAGAGAACAAACCUCUGUAGUGAUACCAGCAAUUCUGAUGAAGGGGAAGAUGAUGAUAAAGAUGAUGUUCAAAGUCAAGGUUCUUCUGCUUCAUCAGAGGAUUAUAUAAUUAUUCUCCCUGAGUGCUUUGACACCAGCCGUCCUUUAGGGGAGUCUAUGUAUAGUUCAGCUCUUUCUCAGCCCAGUUUGGAAAAGACAGGAGAACCUGAAACAGGAACAGAGAAUCCAGAAGGGGGAAGUCAGCCACAGAUCCACAAUGUCAGUGAUAUUUUCACAACUUCACAAACGUUGUCUGUGGUACCACUAACACCAGAGAUUGUGGACACCUUGCCGCAGACACAAAGGGAUCUUGCAUCUCUUCAGAAUCCUAUCGUCCAAGAACCCAACAGAACAGCUUCAGAGAAUAGCUCUUCCACUCCUCAUAAUCAAAUGAGAGAAGAACCCAGUGGUGAAGACAGUGAUAGACCAGGAUCUUCUGGGUUUCUAACAAGUAAACAGAAGUGCUCAGAAUACCCAAGAUACCCUCAAGGAAGCAGCAUUGCAGGAGAGCUAGUUAAAGGAGCUUUGUCAGUUGCUGCUUCUGCCUACAAAGCAUUAUUUGCUGGACCACUCAUUAUAGAACAGCAGCCUGCAGCUACAGAAGAGCACACUGCCUCUCUUCUCUCAAGUCUGUGUGAGAUGGGAUUCUGUGACAGGCAGUUAAACCUGCGACUGCUGAAGAAACACAACAAUAAUAUGGCUCAAGUAGUAACUGAAUUGCUUCAGAUCAGUAACAGUGACUGGUACAGCGGCAGAUGCUGAACUUUCCUGGUGGAGGGAGAAAUCAUUAACUGAGUAAAUGCUCAUUGAACAGGCAACAGUAGCAGUCUACUCAGCUGCUUUUUGGUUGGAGGAGUGACUAAAACUGGCUUUUCUUUGAGGCUUAAGACUGUUUUUCUCAUGGCAAUGUCAAAUAGUGCUUGUCACAUCAUCUUACAAAUUAGAGACUAGAAUUUCACCUAUUACUUGGACCUCAUAGUUAAAUGAGUAGUCUGUAAGUCUCUGAUUUCAUACUGAAUCCUUUUAUCAGGGAAUCCUGUAGAAUUACUUUAAACUUCCACCCAAAUGAGAACUUCCCCUUUUAUUGUGUCUAAGAUUUAUUUGGUUUUUUAGGCAGCUGGAAAUGUGUUUUGUUGACUUUUAACAGGCUUUGGAAUAGGAACCAAUAUAAAAUGCUGCUGCAAAAUGUACUUUUUCCUAAUUUAUCAGAGAUGUCCAAAACUAGCAAGUUGUUUCUUCUGGUACGAUUUAGUAAUUGAUUUGUCCAGUGCAUGAUAGUAAUGUAACAGACUUACACCAUGCAGAUAAGUCUUAAGAAGGUUGCUCAUACAUGGACAUGAUCUUGAACAGUCAAAUAACUUUUGAAAGUGUAACCACUGUUAAGCUGAUUGAUACCAGGAAAGUUGUAGUUUCUUUUAGCAGAAUGAAGCAGGAGAUUGAGCCAGUAGCAACUGAACUGUCUCUAGUGAUGAUAGUACAAAACACAUCUCUAACAGGAAAAUACGGCCGACAUAAAAUAUUGUGUUAAAAACGGAGUGUAAGGAUAGGAAAGACCUUUCUAAGAAUUUUUACAGGCUCUUUGUAAAAACAUUAAGAAUGUGACCACACUUUUUUUUUUCUGUGUAGUGAAAACCUCUUACUCUGUUAAAACUACAUAAAAGAAUUGAAGAAUGUGUAGAAUCCUACACCUGAGCUGGAGUACAAAUUCUGGUAAUGUUUAGGAAUGGGAAGAGUGCUUAAGGCAGGGAUUCUGUGACUUACGUUAUAGUUUGAAAAAUGCAUUAACUUAAGCAGUUUUAAGUAUACAGUCUCUGGUGAUGGUUCUAGCUGCUCGUGUAUUUCCAUAGACACAUCUUUAGGAUUAAUUUUCUCAAGAUUUUGCUUCAGAUGCCCACACUUAAUUUUUGAAUCUAAGAAUUCCCUUCUAAAUGUGCUGAGACAUGAUUCUGAAGAAUCAUGAGAAACGAGCAACAUACACUGCUGUGCAGUGGUGUAUCCAUAGGUAAUGUUUCUGAGUCCAGUCCUCUGAAGCAGCAGUGUUGGCUAUAGUUCUUCUUUUAAGCAAACUUUUUUUUCCUUGCUGCAGUAAGAGACUUUUGAUCCUGAAAUAUUUAUUACCGCUGCUUCAAACUAAGGUGUUCUUGAUUUGUCACAAUGUAGCUGAAGCAGUAUCACUAUUGUGACUGACCAGGAGAUCAGUAGUAGUAAUCUUUUUAAAAAGACUUAAUACUCUUAGAGAUAAGAUACCAGUAAAAUAUAAUUGAAGAAAAAAGGUAUUGUACCAUUUUUGUUUUAAACUUAUUUUUAUAGAUUGUGGAAGAUAUACUCUUAAAUGUUUAUUUUGAAAUACAGUAGAACUAUUUUGCAGUGUUCUCCAUCUCCCUGUACACCAGUACAACUGUCUGCUGUGGACCAGAUGAAGAUCUUUCUGUAACUUGAAACUGCUGGGUUUUUUCCCACCUGUAUUUAUGCAUAUUGUUUUCACUACCUUAAGGCUUAUGCCUACUCUAGAAUGGGAAGGAGGAAAGGGUGUGGAUGAAGUGCAGUUGCUGUUGAAAUUUUGCAAGUGUAGUGUGAUGCCAGGCAAGACACAUGCUCUUUCUGUGUGUAUGUUCAUACUUAAAGUGUUAAUGUGUUCUAUAAAUUAACAAAACACUAAAAUGUUUGAGAAAGCACACUUCAUUGCAGAUUGAAAUGUGAAGUGUGAAAUUCUCUUUUCUUUAGGCUACUUUUUACUAGAAUUUAGAUGAUGUAUGCUCAGGCUUGAGUUACAUUUCUGUUGGCUUUGUAUAUUUUGUUAAUGAUUGCAUGGUAUAAUUUAUAAUAUAUUCUAUAGUGCAGAUAUGACCUCUGUAUCUUUCUUAGGGUGAGCACUUUACAGCCAGCAGUGAUGAGGCGGGGGAAGAGGACCACCCUCCCCUCCGUCCCUAAAAUAAAGUUCUUUAUCCCUC